AUGUCACGACGACGGGAGGGACGCAGCGGACGGAUCCGUGAGGCAGCGGAUGGGCGUGAUGCUGCACCCGGCUGGGGCGGAACGGGCAGUCCAGCGUGCUGGCAAGGAGGCGCGGGAGCGUCGUCGAUAUGGAGGGUGCUUCUCAAGGGUGGAUUGGAGAGUGUGGAUGCGGGAUGGGUGCAAGGGAAACCAUGCGGAGGAGCUGCACGUGCUUCCCGCAAAGCGAUCUUUAUCACCAAAGGAACAACAUCCAAACUUCGAACAAACAUCAAACAUCCAAAACCUCCAGAUCUACAAACACUUCCAAUAGCACAAAAUGCUCACCCUAACUCAAAUCUCCUUCGCCGUCUUCAUCGCCUUUAUGCCCGUCCUGGCAUUCUCUGGCUGCUCUACCGCAUACGCCGACUCUUUGCCAGCUUCUGGACUGAGCUUUGGACGCCUGACUCCGAAGCCUCGGGGGCGUCGGUGGAGCUGGCCAACACCCCCCGCUAG